AUGGAGCCAAUGAUGUACGACGGAGGUGUGGUGCUGGUGCGUAUUAUGCCAGGCGAUGGAAAUUGUUUAUUUGCGGCGCUGGCAAACCAGUUAUUCCAUAGCGAUUUCACAGUGAAUGAAUCCAAUCAUGUCACUCAAGGUGUGUAUUAUCUACCGCAUCAGGCAAUUCUGCGUUCAUCGAGCACCACAACCAAAAUUCGAGUCGUUUUUGACGCAUCCGCCAAGGCAUCCCGUGCUGAAAAAUCAUUGAACGAUGUGUUAAAAGUUGGAGCAACAUUACAGAGCGACAUUUUCAGUGUUCUAUUACGAUUUCGGAAACACCAGGUCGUAUUCACUGCUGACAUUACCAAGAUGUAUCGGCAGAUACGCAUUGCACCAGAACAUGCAUGCUUCCAACGAAUUUUCUGGCGGUCAAACUCGGAUGACCCUCUCCGUGUCUUGGAACUCACAACAGGGACCCACGGUACAGCAGCAGCCCCAUACUUGGCAACUAGAUGUCUGAUGCAGCUCUGUGACGAUGAAGGCAGUUCGUUCUCGAUCGCAGCACGAAUCAUCCGCUUGGAUUCUUACGUCGAUGACGUCAUUUCUGGUGCAGAUACUGUAGAAAAAGCCAUUGAAUGCCAAACGGAAAUUCAACAACUGAUGGAACGAGGUGGAUUUCCUGUCCACAAAUGGAGGUCUAAUGCCGCAGAAGUACUGGAACGAAUUCCAGAAGCCGACCGUGAGCACCUAGUGCAUCUUGACAACAUCUCCACGGAUGUAAUGAAGACAUUGGGUUUGAUGUUGAGCCCUCAAGAGGACGAGUUUGUGAUCAGCGUCAACAGACGGGAGCGAGAAACCAGCCCACCUACAAAACGAUCAGUAUUGUCCGAGAUAGGUAGAAUAUUCGACCCGCUGGAUUUCAUAUCACCAGACAUCAUCAUUGCUAAAAGAAUUAUGCAGAAGCUUUGGAAGGCCGGCCUCCCAUGGGACGCCCCGUUGGAACAAGAACUUCUAAGCUCCUGGCUACAAUUUCGUGAAGCUUUACUCCUGGUAAGCAGAAUCAAGAUACCUAGAUGUACCAUAUCCUAUGGUGCUAUUACUGUCGAAAUUCAUGGCUUCUCCGAUGCAUCUGCGAUUGCAUACGGGGCUGUCAUUUACACUCGCUGUAUCCUGCCAGAUGGUACGACAAAUAUGAAUAUGCUGUGCAGUAAGUCCAAAGUGUGUCCACUAGCAGAAAUGACUAUUCCAAGAAAGGAGUUACUUGGUGCCCGACUCCUGUCCCGUCUACUGACCAAAGUGCUGGAUUCCUUCCAGCUGGAGAUAUCAAAUGUUGUUCUGUGGUGUGAUAGUCAGGUGGUGCUAGCCUGGUUACGAAAGCCGUUGCCAUCGCUUGAAGUGUUUGUGCGUAACCGCGUGGCAGAAAUUUUAAGGAACACAGCUAACUACACAUGGAAUUACAUUCGAUCAAAACAAAAUCCAGCCGAUUUAAUAUCCAGAGGCCAACUUCCUCUCGCCCUAAGCACUAACGAGCUUUGGUGGAAUGGGCCAGGCUUUUUGAGCACCAUCGAGUAUAAGUUGGAGAUUCCAGAUGACAUCCCAGAUGAAGCACUUCCAGAACUAAAACGGGUAAAUAUGAUCGCCGCUCUAGCCGUUAACGAAAACAAGUUGGAAGUGUUUUCCAGAUUCAGCUCGUUCAGAAAACUCCAGCGGGUAAUCGCGUUAGUCCAGCGAUUUAUACAUAACUGUCGACUAAAAUCUCCCAGCGAACGAAUCCUACGACAUCAUCCUACAAUAAAAGAACUGCGAUCAGCGUUGCAACUAAUUGUAAAGGUCAUUCAGCAUGAGGCUAUGGACGACGAAAUUCAACGAGUGAUUUCUAAUGAACCAUGCAAAAGAAUCGCCCCGCUUAACCCGAUCUACAAAAAUGGAGUGUUACGUGUUGGAGGACGACUACAACAUUCUCGGUUACCUUUCGAUACUAAGCAUCCAUUAUUGCUUCCGCAAUAUCCAAUCACCGAUCAAAUCAUCCGUACAUACCACGAAGAACAUCAUCACAUCGGUCCAACUAUGUUAUUAGCCACGUUACGAUCGCGUUUCUGGUUACUGAAAGGAAGGUCGUCCGUAAGAAAGAUCACCAGGAGCUGCGUUACUUACUUUCGUUCGAAACCCAAAAACUCCAGCCAAUUGAUGGGCAAUCUGCCGACCUGCCGAGUGACACCCGCUGAACCGUUCCAGAAAACAGCUAUUGACUACGCCGGACCAGUGUUUGUGAAGGAAUUCAAGUCGUCAAGCCACCACACCAUCGAGGAAAUUGCAUCAUUUUGUCAACCAAAGGAGAUCGUCUGGAAAUUUAUCCCACCGGAAGCUCCAAACUUUGGCGGCCUCUGGGAGAGCGCCGUGAAAACUGCAAAGUACCACUUGAAGAGGACUCUGAAAACCGCCAAACUGACUUUUGAAGAAUAUGCCACCGUACUUAGUCAAGUGGAGGCUGUGAUGAAUUCUCGACCUCUCUGUGCAACAUCUGAUCCAGAAGCUGAAAUUUUGACUCCAGGCCAUUUUUUAAUUGGUCGUCCCCUGAUAGCUACACCGGAACCCAGUUACAGCGAUCUGCCAACAAAUCGUCUAUCAAGAUGGCAGUAUCUCCAAUACCUCCGUCAGCAGUUUUGGAUACAAUGGAGCCUGGAUUACCUGCUGAAUCUUCAACCAAGAGGGAAAAAUCGCCAAAUACAACCAAACUUUCAACCCGGUAUGAUCGUGUUACUGGAGCAGAAGGAUGCCCCACCGCAAUGUUGGAAGAUGGGAAAAGUUUUACAUGUCUACCCAGGAACCGAUAAUUUGGUCAGAGCGGUGGAUAUACAGUCCACUGCCUUGGUGCCACCGAGUGCGCCAACAGAAUGGCAGAACCAGAAUACGAUCAAUGCAUUUCAAAUAAGCACACGAUCAAUCUUUCCAUCAUUGGAAGUCGUAGGCAGUACCAAAGAGUGGGAUCGCUUUAUACUAGCGAGCUGCAAUGUUAGAGGAUGUUCCGAUCGAGAAAAACAAGAAACGCUAGAUGAUUUCUUUGCGAAAGCGGAAUACACGAUUGUGGUGUUGCAGGAGACGAGGCUAGCAAACUGCACGGUGGACACGGCAAACUAUCAUUGGUUCAAUGUAAACGAAUUUGAAGAACGGGAUCGUAUGGGCGGAGGAACAGCAAUAUUGAUUCGCAAGGCCAUAUUCAAGGGAGAUUGCUUCAAGAGGAUAAGUGCCAAUGCCUGCGCAUAUAAAUGCGAUGUCUUCUUAAAACCAUUUUUAAUCAUAUCGGGUUAUAUCCGUAGCACAGAAGUAGGAACGAACGGAGAAUUCGACGCACUGGACCACUUCAUAAUCAAGUUACCAGACAACAUAAGGGAGAGAGUAAUGAUUUUGGGCGACCUUAAUGCACGAUUGGGUCGUAAUGAUCUAGUGGAGAAUGAUCGGCAGUGGAUCGGUAAAAACUUACACCACGAUAUGUCCAAUGACAACGGCAUUAAGCUGAAGAAUCUGCUCCACGGGCUAAAGUAA